AUGUUGGAGGCGAAGAGUCUGAAGAAGGCGAGGGUCCCACUCUCUCUCAUCCCCAAUCCUUCUCCUGCUAAUCCCCACUCCUCUCGCCUCGCUCUCCAUGUUUCCCAUGACGCUUCGUCUUGCUGGCUCUACGUCGCUUCUGGUCGCCAAGUUUACACACUCCAGAUUGCAUUGGAAGAUUCUUUAGUCAGCGAAGGAAAGGAUAGCCUGCUAAUUCCUACACACGCUGAGGUUUUGGAAUCUUUCUUGGUUAACCGAUGUCCACAUCGUUCAGAAAUUCAGAGUAUUGUGCUAGCUGAAAGCGAGAGUACUGGCUAUUUAAUGUUUGGAAGUGUCGAUUCCUAUGGUGAUGUUAUUGUAUCUAAACUAGAUUCUAAUGGUAAAGAUAUUGACAGGCUCACAUACACAGUAUCACCUCACGACAGUGGUGUGGGUGAGAGUAGUUGGGCAGGACUAUGCUUCAGUCCGGCACAAUGGUCUAUGGCAGCUGUCGCACGUAGCUUCUGUAAGGCCGUUGAUGUUUAUGAUCAGGAUAUUCAUGUCCAGACAUUGCGUACACUUUUGUAUCCAUCCGCCUUGAGUUUUGUACAGAAUUUGUCUAAUGGGAAUGAAAGUUCUAUUUUAGCUGUUGCUGAAGGUUGCCAGCUGACCAUAUGGGACUUGAGAAUGAAAGAAAACGGUGGCUGUAUACAACGGAUUUGUGGUUCUGUUGGUGAUAUUUACUAUGCUGUCUGCAGUUCUCCAUCCGGAAAUAUUGCAGUGGGUGGAGCUGAUCGGACCAUGACUAUCUAUGAUCCUCGCAGAUGGUCAUCAUUAUCAAGAUGGGUGCACUGCUCAAAAUAUGAGAUAACUGGACUUGCUUUCUCGUCAAUUGAUCCUGAUUAUAUCUAUAUACAAGGAGUUGAUUAUGAGGUAUUUUGUGGGGAUUGGAAAGCAACCAAUAAGAUAUUCUCAUUUAGGGGAGACUCAAACUGGCUUGGCUUUAGCAAGUGCCACAACAGAGACGUUCUGGGUGGUUGGUGCGAUUCGGGUAGCAUCCUUGUGGCUGAUGUUGUAGCUAAAGAGAUCGAAACAAAGGACGGUGUUACCUAUGGCUCCUCAUCUCCAUUUUAACUUAGGUGGUAAAUUUUCUUCUACCCCUUUCACAUAUCAAACGAAUCCUGCCGCAUUUGAAGACUUCCUUUCUAAGUGGUCUUCACCCCCAGUCAAGUCAAUUAAGGAAAAGACUCGUAGUCAAUUCAGCAUGUCUAUCUAGUCUGUACGUUGAGUAUGCAAGUUUUGAUAUUUAACAUGGAAGUACAUUGAUUCUUGGCUUUCACCACCUCACAAGUCACAACAAGGCCAGGUGAGUCCUGGCUGUUAACUAAAUAUCCUCUUAUAAGCUGCUUGAAUUAUUAUAUGGCUCAUAUGACUUUGAAAAGCCAGUCUUUUUUAAUUUUUAUUUUAUUUUGGAUUGUCUUAUUGCAAGCUCUUUUUCUUUGGUGUCGGUAAACAAACCCAUCUGUUUAAUUUCAUGGGAGAGGUCUAUAAAUCUUGUGUAGGUCUGAGACA